AUGGGAAUAAUCAGCUGCUACUCUCAGCACAAUCUAAAAGGCUGCUCCAUAUUCACUGAUAUUAAUAACGUUAAUGCCUCAUGGUUGACCUAUGGUUCUGUUCAGUGGGAGACCAAACUGGAAGGACGGGUUGAAUGUUCUGCAGCAAUUGUUUGCGACUUUUCCCAGGUGGUUGUUGGAUGUUAUAGGGGGAAAAUUUAUUUUCUUGAUUUUUCCAAUGGAAACACUUAUUGGAGUUUUCAAACAUCUGGAGAGGUGAAAUCACAGCCAGUUGUAGAUACAAGUAGGCAAUUGAUAUGGUGUGGCACGCAUGACCAUAACUUGUAUGCUCUUGAUUACCAAAAGCAUUCCUGUGUGUAUAAGCUACCCUGUGGAGGCAGUAUAUAUGGGUCGCCUGCAAUUGAUAAACUUCGUGGUGCACUUUAUGUUGCUUCAACUGGUGGCCGUGUGACAGCGAUAUCAGUUGCGGACUUUUCAUUUAAUACUUUGUGGCUUCAUGAGCUGGGGGUCCCGGUUUUUGGUUCUCUGGCUGUUGCUCACAAUGGAAUAAUUAUAUGUUGUUUGGUAGAUGGCCAUGUUCUGGCAUUGGAUCCAGAUGGGUCCAUACUCUGGAAGAAAACAACUAAUGGUCCGAUAUUUGCUGGAGCAUGUGUAUCCUUGGCUCUUCCAACUGAGGUGCUUGUAUGCUCCAGAGAUGGGAGUGUGUACUCAUUUGAAGUGUAUAAGGGCGAUCUACAAUGGCAAUACAAUAUUGGAGAUCCAAUUACUGCAUCUGCCUAUGUUGAUGAACACUUGCUGCUCCAGUCUGAUUCCUCCCCUUAUUCAGACAGGUUAAUUUGCAUUUGUUCCAGUUCUGGAGGUGUGCACAUUCUUAGAGUGAACUUGGAAGAAGAUGAAGAUACUGAUCAACCUAGAACUAGUGCGGAGGAAUGUGCUCGGCUAAACUUGGAGGGAGAUAUAUUCUCUUCCCCUGUAAUGAUUGGCGGCAGGAUUUUUGUGGGAUGUAGGGAUGAUUACUUGCACUGCAUUUCUCUUGAAAUUCCAUCGGAAAGUUGAAUAAAUUUUUUUCUCCUUUGUUUUUUGUGUGGCAAAAGUUGAAUAAUAAAACUAACUACUAGUCUUUAAUAUAAGAGUUAAUUUGACAUUCUA